CCUAGAAUGAAGGCAACCCCCGAAUGAUGAGUAAAAUAAUAACAACAAGGUGGUACCGGAGAAAAAAAAAAACAACUUAAUAAUAGUACUGCUGCGCUUCGUUUCGAAUUUUAGUUUUCCUUCUGAUUCUUGGUGAAUCUGUCCUGUUACUGCGGCCAUGAGAGCACCCUUGGGGAGACUCAUUUAUCGUUCAUCACUCACUGCAAACGUAUCACCACUCAAGCCUUCUGUAUCAAAACUUAUAUUUCCAGUCGCUUGUCGACAUCAGUCUACUCGUCCCACAUUACCUGACAGCGGAUCCAGAAAUCGUCGUCUUCUCCGGACAACGACAGUCUCACUUGGAGCGCUUGGAAUCGUCUACUACUACAGCGUCGGCACCAUGUCUUCAAAACUCAUUCCGGACAACCCGGCCGAGGUGAUGGUGAUUCGUAAUAUCACUCCGAACAUUGUGACACUUUCCGUACCGUUCAAAAGAUUCGGACGUUUUGACAUUGGAGGCAGGGGGACAAUAGUCCGACUCACAUCUGGGUCGCUUGCUGUCUUCUCUCCCGUGGCCCUAACGCCAGAUGUCAAAGCUAAAGUGGCCGAGAUGGGCGGUAAGCUGCAGUAUAUAGUAGCGACCGACAUCGAGCACCACAUCUUCGUCUCGGAUUGGAAGAAGGAGUACCCAGACGCGCACAUCUUGGGCCCUGAGGGUUUGCCAGAGAAGCGCGCCAAGGUGCAAGACGACGAGAGGAUCGGCAAGGAGGCGUUCCACACCGUCUUCACGACGGCGGACAAGGGCAAGCAGACGGUGACGCCCGAGUUCGACGCCGACUUUGUGUACGAGUUUGUCGACGCGCACCCCAACAAGGAGCUCGUGUUUCUGUACCGGCCCGACCGGGUGCUCAUCCAGGCAGACAUGCUCUUUAACCUGCCGGCCAUCGAGCAGUACUCGCGCGUCCCCGAGGCGGCCAAGCCCACGAACGGCCUGCUCAACAAGUUCUUUACGAGCAUGAUCUCGACGGCAGGUGACGCCACGGGCAUCAAGCGCUUCCUGUGGUACGCCAUAAGCUCCAAGGAUCGUGAUGGCUUCAACAAGAGCGUGCAGAGGAUCAAUGAGUGGGAUUUCGUCACGAUUGUGCCGUGUCACGGUGAGACGAUGGAGGGUAACGGGAAGGAAAUAUUUGAGAAGGUUUUUGAGUGGCACUUGAAGGGAACCAAGAAGCCUUGA